GAGUGAGUGAGUGAGUGAGUGGGCGAGCGAGUGGGCGAUCCAUCUGCCUGUCUGCCACAUGGCGUUCGGAGCAUCCCCUGCCCUGUGUGCAGCAGUCGGUGUGCGCUGUUCGCUGCCCCACGUUGUCGGCCGAUGACAUUAAAGUUACGAUGCCGGAAGAUGGAGAAGUCUUGGGGCAGUUCUGAAAUCAAAUGGAGCGCCAUAUCCUUACCCCUGGACCUGAUUGUGGGCAAAUUCCGCUUACCGACCCUGGCCCGUCUGAGCCAAGGAGAGCAUGUAGAGGGAUUGACAGAACAGGACCUUCUUCUAAUCCAUUCAUGUAGGCAGUGGACUACAGUGACUGCACACAGCUUGGAGGAAGGGCACUAUGUGAUUGGACCGAAGAUUGACAUCCCUUUGCAAUAUCUAGGGAAGUUUAAAUUGCUGGAUCAGGACCGGGAUGUGAGGGAGCCAGUGCAAUAUUUUAACAGUGUUGAAGAGGUGGCCAAUGUUUUUCCAGAUCGUGUCUUCGUUAUGGAGGCAAUAACAUUCAGUGUGAAGGUGGUCUCCGGUGAGUUCUGUGAGGACAGUGAGGUUUAUAACUUCACACUACGCACUGGGGAUGAGCUGACGCUGAUGGGUCAGGCGGAGAUUCUCUGUGCCAAGACUGUGAAAGAAAAAUCCCGCUUUAAUACCAUAUUGCGAAAACUGGGCAAGACCGGCACUUUGAGCAAGCAGGUCAAAGGCAAGAUGCCAUGUCUCAUCUGCAUGAACCACAGGACCAAUGAGAGCCUUAGCCUUCCUUUCCAGUGCCGAGGAAAGUUCAGCACUCGCAGCCCCCUUGAGAUCCAAAUGCAGGAGGGUGAGCACACUAUCCGCAGUAUUAUAGAAAAAGUACGGCUGCCGGUUAAUGUGACGGUUCCGUCUCGGCCGCCCCGAAAUUCAUAUGACCUCCACUGCAUCCGUGAAGGACAUCGCUACAAGCUCGUCAGUAUUAUAUCGAAGACUGUAGUCUUGUGUUGUAUCGUCCGAAGGGACGACAUUAUUCCGUUGCACUUUUUGCUGCUCUCAGAUAUGCCCAGGUUCGUGCUGCCCGAAGGAUUAAUACGGGGCGAUCCUCAUUUUGAGAAGUUAGUACAGGAAAUCACGCUGUUUGCCCAGGAGAACUUCAACACUGAUGAGUACUCAAAAGCAGUCCGGGAGGUGAAGACUGAUUUUACUGAUGACUGCACCAGUCCAAGGAGAAUCAGGGUUUGCCUGCAGGGAUAUACAUCCAAUUCAUUGAACUAUGCCCGGGAUGAACUAACCCAAUCGUUUCAAAGACUCUCCUUAUGUGCGUUCACUGGCGCUAUGUUACAUGGCAACGGGGAGAUCAACAUUCAGAGCUGCAGGGAUUCUCUUGGGGAGCACCACCUUAUGCCCCAUGAAUUAUUGACACCGUCAGAGAUGGUGGAUGUGGACAGAGAGUAUGUGACGCCUGAUUGGGCGGAAAGUGAAUUUAGGACUCAGGAGCCACCUGAGAUUCCCUAUGAGGAGCUGUGGAGUAAUCAAAUACCAGAUAGGUCAAAGGAUGCCUGUGGCAUGCUGGCAGAAAGUGAGAAUAAAGCUCAGCAGAGCUCCAGGCCUUUCCAAUGUCAUUCUUCGGCUUCCUCACAUGAGGGCCCCGUUAAUUCAUCACACUUGUCCAUAUUACAAAUGGGAGAGUCCAGAGUGCCAAGCCCGCCCCCAGUACCUCCAAAAUCAGAAGCUCCAAUCAGAAUACCACAUUGGCACUGCAAGACAACCUCUUAUUUUACGCGAAAACAGGUGAAAGAGGAAUGCCGUCUUCUAAAUGCCCCGCCCAUUCCUCCACGAGGCACAAAAGGAGUUCAGACUGCAAGUCCACCUGUCCCACCUCGGUUCCCAAAGGCUCAACUGCAGCAAGCGCAUUCUCCAAGCCCCAGCCUCUCCUAUUAUUCAUCAGGUUUACAUGAAAUGUCUGGAAAUCGCAGUGGUAAUGGCUCACCAUCCCCGGACUCAUACUCGCUCUACUGCUAUCCUUGCACAUGGGGAGACUGCAAAGCUAUAGAUUCUUCCAGUCAUCCAGUGUCGGGGAAUAUUUCAUCUAAUAUCCAGCCUCUGCAGCCUUCCUGGUCUGAUCCGUGGGCGUACUCAGAGAAUGUUCCAAAUGUUGUCAGUGGACGACCUACACAGCUGGUUCCCGGAGAUGCUGUCUUCAAAAGUUACUACAGCUGCCCCAGACUGAAACCGCCAGGCUCUCAGAAACGAUUUGCCCCUUUUGGGGCAUUGAACCCUUUUGCUAAUCCUAAUUACUCUUCUAGCCCAUCAGCAGUGGAAUGGUUGGAACCGUCUGACCAUUACAAGUCUCCUUCUGCAACUUCAGAGCAUUUUGAUCCAUAUGACCUCACGGUCAGCCGUAGCUCUUCCCCCGAUCCAGGCUCUAUCCUCAAUGCUGGAGACCUGAGGUACAACCAGGAGUUUAGAAACUGUAUGCAGGACACAUUGUACAAACAGACUGAUAGCAUAUCUUGCCCAGUCCCACCUCCGCGCCCUCCAAAAGUCUGUGAGGCUGACAACAACAUCAUCAUCAGAAGUACGGCUCCUAUUUCUCCUACUAUUGUGAGAGGUGCUGAAGGAGGUGUCACAAGGGUUUAUCUCACUCAAGGAGUUAUAGAGGUCCCACCUGUCUCGUCUAGAAGUAAUGCAGAGAUACCCAUCUCCCUCCCUUUGUCUCAUACUCCAGGAAUACCCAGAUUACAUUGCAGUAGUUCACAAUGGCACCCACCCUCUGAUCUAUCCAGUCUGUCAGUAGAGGAAGUCUCCAAAUGCCUGAGGUUCAUAGGUCUUUCAGAAGAUGUGGUGACGUUCUUUGUGCGAGAGCGAAUUGAUGGAAGCAUAUUUGUUCAGCUGACUGAGGAAAUUCUAUCUGAUGAUUUUAAACUUACUAAACUGCAAGUAAAAAAGAUUAUGCAGUUCAUUAAAGGAUGGAGGCCCAAGAUUUGAUCUGAUUCCUUGCUUAAUCUAUUGGGUUAAGGUUUGAAUCUUUAACUCACAGAAGAACAUCAUUGAAAAUUUGUGAGAAUUUCUACAGAAGCACCUUUGGAUAUCUUUAUUUAGCAUCUCUAGAUGGUUGAAGUGUCUCAGAAAAUACUGUUUGUCAUACAAAGUACAAUUUGUGUCGUUUUAAUGAAUAGAAGUUAUCAAAAUAUAAUAUGCUUUUGACAGUGAACAGUUUAAGACCACUUCCCUCUCCCAUCUCCAGUAUGGAAAUAAUCAAAGUAUUAACUACAUAAUGCAAUGCAAUUUGUAGGAUCAGGUAUGAGCUAAAGAGUUGAAAAUUCUUUCCACAAUGCAAUCAAAGCUGACUUACUGGAUGUAGAAUAAUCAUCAGUUUAUGCAAGCAGCAGGCUAACAUUUUUCUGGUCAAGCUCUGAACAAUUUAAUUAAGGUUUUAUUGAAAAAAAUUCACUGUUGGAGUGGUGAAAUGUAGUUUGCUAUUCUUCAAUCAUCAAUUCUUCAAACACGUGCCUGCUGCACGUGUUACUGAGGAUAAAUUAGAUUAAUCAUGGAUACUUUCCUUCUAAUAGUACUAAUGAAACUUUGGAACUCAAAGUAAAAAACAGAGGUUUUAUAUUACAAUUUAUUGGUAUGUUCAGACUUCAGUGACCAUCCUCCCUCUUUCCCUUUUAAAAGAAAAUCCAGAGUAACAUUCACAGCUUGCAAGGUAACUAUUAUGCAACAUGCAGUUAUUGUGACAGCUAUAAGAAGAAGAUAUAAAACAUGUCCAUGAGGGAAUAUAUAUUUGCCCCUUCUCCACAGUACACUAAACAUAUAAGACUAUAAUUUAGCACAUUGUUUAAGAUGGUAAUUUCAGCUAAAAAUAUACCACUCUAACUCUGCUGUCUCAAAAACUGUGUAGUCUGUUAUUUGUUGGCACCAAUUCUGAAUUAUACCCUUUUAAUGGUUAUGGUUUUUCCAACUAAUUUUUGGGAGAUUUCUGAAUAUGUAUAUUUCUGAGCAAGCAAAAUUUCUCAAUGUAGAUGUUCUUGUUGAUAUAAUUUUGAUUUUUUAACAAUGAAAGUUGAUAGUACCAUAAUUGUACUGAAAUUCCCGAGUUCACGUCUAAUUUAAUCUAUACAAAUCAAUACAGAGAAUAGAAGAUAAAAAAAGAAAGCAUUUAUGGCUCUGGUGUUUUACUGUGUGAAUGGCAGUCUAAACUCUUGCUGCCUUCGUAACUUUUAUUAGCUCAACAAUGGAGUUUGCUUACCAGUGAAUGCACAAGCACAAAUGUUUGUUCUGCCUGACUUAAUUUUAUUUUUCUUAGUGCAUGGCAAAGUGAGCGUUGGCAGCCAUCUUAUUCAAUUGAAUUUUCCUAAUCCAAACAGCACUGAUCCUAAGAAAGUAAUGCUGGGAGAAGAGAAACACUGGUAUCUAUGGCUGACACUUUUUUGCACCAAAAAACAGUUAUGCAAUUAAAUCAUCAAAGAAAAAGCUCCUCUAUGUUAGAGUGGGAAAACUACUUAAGGUGGAGCUGAUGCUAACCAAGUAUAACUUGUGCAUGAUUUCUUGAUAUCUGAACUAAACUGAUUUGGCAAUAGAGUGUUUUAGUUAUUAUUGUUUGUUGAUACCUCAUGGUGUUUGGAAUAAGUCAAACAGGGAUUGACAGCCUUCACAUUGAGUGCUGGAACUAUUUGUUCUCCACCAGACAGGAUAGUCAAUGUGUUCUGAAAUCUUGUUUUCUUGUAUUUUAAUAGCCACAUUCACAAAACCGUAUGCAU